AGCAGGUCUGAGUACCAACAUCCAGCAACAAGCCGCCGCCUGCAUGUAGAUCCGCAUGGGCUCCGACCACCCCGUCUCUCUCGAUAACCCGGCGGAGACAUAACACACGGAUCCCAGGAUGGUGUUAGUGCAUGUCGGAUAUCUGGUUCUUCCCGUAUUCGGCUCAGUAAGAAACAGAGUAUGGAGGCUGGCUCUACAUUCUGCAUUUAUCAGAUCUUUGUCGUCCCCCCAUUGUGUAGCUAAUGAUCAUCUGCUGCUGUGUGGUGUGGCGUGGCCUCUGCCUGUUCUCUGCAUUUAGCUGUAUUGUGAAUCCCUUCUUCAUUUCCUCUUUCCAUCAGAAGACGACAUUGGUAUUAAAAAGCACCCCCUCCCAAGAUGUAUUCAGCCAUAGAUUUUUCCAUGUUAAGCAGACUAAAACUAUAGCUAACACCUAGAAUGCAGCACCUUUUUUUUGUCUUUUUUUUUCUGUCAAAUUGCUGUAGCACUAAGUAAACAUUUCAACACCUUUUCUAGGUAUCAGUUGAAUGUCAUUGUGUACCUCCCAUCCAGUCUUGAUAGACAACAUUGCUGUAAAUUCCUGUAAAGUGGAUACAUUUUGCAUGAUCUUAAAAUACUGCACUGCAUUGUUGAACACCAGAAUUUGGCUCAUCUUCCUUUUCUUCACACAAGGUGCAAUGUACACAUGUACAUUAUCAAAGUGAUCAAUGAUUGGAAGAAAAAAAAAAGCAAAAUUGGAACAACAUGCAUGCUAUUUGUAGUAUAGAACUUAACAUUUCAGCAAAUGCUGACUUGUAACCACUUGAAAUGACUUAAGGUACACUGCACCUGCACACAACAACCUGCCAUAAUUGUCUCCAUUUUUGUGUAAUCCUUUUGUUCCCUUUUGCAAAUUUCAAGCUUUGAAUCACACUGAAUUGUCGGGGCUGUUUACCCUUAAUGGGCAAAUUAAACUCUAAAUAUUAUGAAAUAGGAAAACAUAAUCACUGGUGGUUCAUCACUUCCGAUUUAUCGCACUAACACAAGACCAAAAUGCUAUCCAUUUCACAGGGAUGCCUAUUUUCCUGCACUGCUAAAGAGUUCCUCUAUUAGAAAUAACGUCUUUUAUUGUUUGGUUGUGGUCUCUCUUUACCUUUUUGUUCUGGUAAUAGUACUUUCAGUGCAUGGUCACAUUUAUGAUUCAUAAUUUUUGUUUAUGUUUUUUCUACAUUGACUAGUGAAAAAUCCAAUGUAAUCUUUCUGUAGUAAAGAUGUACCCUUGCUGUACUGAAAUCAUGUGCUGUAGCCAACACGUCUGCUCAUUGGAUGCCGCUUUUGUUCUUUUUUUAACCCUAUAUGGAGCAUGGUGGGCCUUGCCUUCAGUCUAUGUUGUUUAUUUUUGUUGCAUGGAUUUAUACUAUUAUUACAAACAAAGAAAAGAACACAAAUUCCACAUAUACUAAUAUUUUUCAAUAAAGAAUAUAGUGUUUUUCCUAACCUUCAGUGUGCUUCUUGCUGAUUUCCAUUUAUUGUCUUCCCUCUCCCUUUUCCCCGUACCUGCCCCCUCUCCCCUCCCCUCCACCCCUCACCCACCUCCUCUCCCGCUAUGACAAAGAUAGACGAUUUCCACGCUUCCUCCAUCACAGGGCCUGAAUGAGUCUAUCUGCUGUCAUUCAUGGUGAUUGUUGUCACUGAGAUGCUUAAAACGCAGAAUGCUACUUUCAGUCUAGACCUGAGCCUUUGACCCACGGCAGUGAGUUCACCUCUUGCCCUGCCUAGUUAUACUGACAAUCGGUCAAACUGGAAAUAUUUCUGGAAGAUUAAACCCCUCGUCUUUCUCGGUUGUUUAAAAAAAAUCGUGCUGCGUUUAUUUGAAGUGUACUCCCGGUAAAUGCAAUGUAGACGAUGCCUAUUUUGUUAUGAUUUUCUUGUUAAAAAGCUCUUUACUGUUUAUAUCUGUCAAAUAAGAAUCAUAGUAUGUUUUCUAAGAAAUGCACGGUUUUAAUCUCAACGGACACAUUCAAGACACAUGUCACAAUUUAUUGAAUCAUACUCUCUUUCGGGCCUCUUUGGCAGGUAUUUUUAGUCAAAGAUAACUUGGUUAUUGCAGUGUAUUCGCCUGUCUACAAAACAAAAUAUUUAUUUUUAGUUUUUAAGUACAAGAGCAGUAUAAAACCAUAUUGUACCACAGCACAAGCUCUGUUUUUCUCCACUCUGCUCACUGCAUUUGCCGAAUAGUUGUGGUUGGAGAGAGUUAAAGAGAAAAAAAAAAAAGCAUUCAAGCUAUUUCCUCUCAACGCUUUUAAUGUUCAUAUAAGGAAUGAGAAUAGUAUAGCCACACUGGAUGUGUGAGAAAACAGUAGAUCUAGGUGAAUUACACGUAAUGUGGAUAAACUCUCGGGUUUCAUGUGAUUUAAAGAGUUGGAAUGUUUCUCAAAGGUUGGAGUCAAAGAUUUGGCAGAGAAACUGUUAAAUGUUCUUUCAGACAGAAAGGCAACAAUGGGUUAUUACGGAGAACACUAACCUACUGUCAGAUGCAGUAUUUACACGAACAGGUGCAUUGAAGACCUUACAAGUACUCGACUAGAGUUCAUCUGUUCCUCUGUGAAUCAGAAGACCAGGAGUCGAUCCGGGUGUCGGAAAUGCAAUUAAAGAAGCAAAAGCUCACUUUUUUUGUGUCCUGCACCAAAAAUGGUUGUCAUUUUCAUGGUUCUUGUGGUAACCAUCAUUUUCCCACCCCCACAGAAGUAUUUUUCACCCUAGGGUCCCAUUUCAACCGGCAACAGCAGCAACAACAGCAGCAGCACAGCCAUGCUACCUCUUGCCGGCACUUCCAGUUAGGUCCUCAGGCGCCGCUGCCCAUGGACUUCCCCAUGCCCCAUCCAGGGCAGCCACAGUCAGGCAUUAACCCCCACCUGCCCCCUCCCGGCCACCAGCAUGGCCCUCCACUCCACCCGUCCCUCAACCCUUUACCUGCCCCACAGUUCCAAGAUAUUCCCGCCCCUCCCUUCCUACCUCAGGCAUUACACCAGCAAUACCUCCUCCAGCAGCAGAUCCUUGAGGCUCAGCACCGACACAUCCUGCCGCCCUCCAGUAGACGCACCACAGACAGAGUCCCUCAUCAGCCCCACAGACUACGGCCCGGCUACGAGUUUGCUCCGCCACUUCAUGUCCCUCAACCUGUGGUGCAGCAGCCUCGAUACCUGGCUGAGGGCACUGACUGGGAUCUAAGCGUUGAUGCUGGGCUGGGUCCUCACCAGUAUCACAUCCAUCCGUUGCCGCAGCACUAUCAGCACUACUUGACCUCUCCUAGGAUGCACCACUUCCCUAGAAACAAUGCCUCAACACAAGUGGUUGUCCAUGAGAUCAGAAACUACCCGUAUCCCCAGUUGCACUUGCUGGCUCUACAGAGUCUUAACCCCUCCCGCCAUGCAUCUGCCGUAAGAGAAAGCUACGAGGAGCUGCUGCAGCUGGAGGACAGACUGGGCAGCGUAAACCGUGGAGCUGUCCAAACCAUCAUCGAGAGAUUCACGUUCCCCCACAAGUAUAAAAAGAGAAUACCCCAGGACCUGAAGAUGUGUCUGGAUGAUGAGGAGCUGGACACCGAUGAAAAGUGCACCAUUUGUUUGUCAAUGCUGGAAGACGGAGAGGAUGUCAGGAGAUUACCCUGCAUGCACCUCUUUCACCAGGCGUGUGUCGACCAGUGGCUGGCCACCAGCAGGAAGUGCCCCAUCUGCAGAGUGGACAUUGAGACCCAGCUGACCCCUGACAGUUGAUAGCUCCUAACGAUUCCUCCCAUCGCCUCCCUCCGGGGAAGCUCUGCCAAAACUUCCCUCUUCCCCUCUGCAUCACUCAAAAAGCCUGCCUUCUAACGACAGCUGUGACGGAGGGAUCAACAAAGCACACUCAACUACAACACGGCGAGGGACGGGGGUUGCCGCACAGAUAUAUGCGGCCGGACUGAAGGUCAGCCGAAUAGACUUUGCUGGAUGUAAAAGGUAGGAGCGGGCGCGUGUGGACAGAUGUGCUGAGGCUUCACGUCAUCCUGACAGAUUGUGUUCCCUUGUGCACAUUUCUCCAUAUUGCCACCGAGAGAGAGGACACCCUCCCUCGGCUCAGAGUGGUGUGUUGAGGCCAUUUCUCUGCCACUAUAUCCAAACCCCUUUUCCACAAGGCCUGUGAAAAAUCCUUUAAGCUGCACUCUGCCCAAAACCCUCAGCACAUCUGUACAGAACAUUAUCAAAUGAUUAGCAUGAGGUUGUGUGGUGUGAACUCUUGUAGCUGGACGCUUGUUUUGUCAUGGAGUAUAGUACUGAAUAAGUAUUUACAAAGUAACAGUGUUGUGUAGCAAGCAAAAGCCUUUUGAGAAAUAUGUUUGUGAAAAAUACAGAGAGGGGGAACACAGCUCCGGAGUAUUCAGUGUGUUAAGAUCAACAGCAAUGAGACAAAGAGGUAAUUGUGUAAAAAAAAAAAGGCCAAAAAUCUCUCUUUCUUGUCUAACGUGGUUUGGAUUUACAGUUUGUAGAUGCCAUCAGAGCUGAUGCUGAACCCACUAAAUGCAGGCAUGGCUUCCAGUGAUGUGUGUAGUGUUGUAGUCGAGCCUCUAUAACCUAGAGCAGAGGCCUCAGAAGUGCAUGCUGUAUGGCAGGCUUGGGCUGUGUCGUUCAUAUUGUGGAGCAGUAGAAAAACAGGGACCGUGUCUGUGCAUGUGAACCGUAUAUUAUGACUCUGAUGAAACCCCCACCACUCCCCUCCCACUCAUUCAUAGAGGAGGACAAGAAUGCACCUAAGAGCCCACCCCCACCCCCCCUCCCCUCCAAUCCCGGGUAGAGCAGAGUUGCCUUUAGACACCGAUCUCGGACCGGUGUCGCAUUCCUCGCCCCGACAGUAGUGGACAGGAUUCAAAGAGGCCGCGGGCAGAUCUGUGUCUAACGGCAACUCCUCCCCACGGCCACAGAGCGGCCACGCAUGGGCUUGAGGAUGCAGCGUCCGUCCGUCCGCGUCAUCCCAUCGGAGUGUCAUUUGUAUCACCUAUUACCAGAACCUUAUUGCCUAUCGAACAAGCACAUGUGAUCUCUAUAUACAGUGAAUCACCUCUGUUGUGUAUCAGCUCCUUUCAUUUCAAUCUAAGUUGCUCCCGCUCUUGAAUAAAAGACUGUGUCUGGUGUUACAGGGAAAACACAAGCUAGUUUGCCUGUGAUAUCUGCUAGAAUGUGUACAAUUGUCCCCCACCCCCCCACCCAUCCCCCCUCCAUGGUACUAGUGUGUGGUAUUGCUAGAACAACUGUGAUAUGUUUCGGUGAUAGACGCUGUUUCUAUAUAUCAUGCAUGAACCAUGUUGGCGUACUCCACUUGAAGGAGGGUGAAAGGGAGAAAAAGCCAUCCAUUUGAAAAAUACCAAACAGCUGUUUUUUUUUAACAUGUAAUUUUAUUUCAACUGUCUUUUUUUCUGCCAUUUUUUUCUGCUUCUUCUUGCUUUUUUUUUUUUUUUCAAUUGCUUGUGUGUUUAUUUUUUGCUCACCUGCCAGUUUGGACAUGGUACUAAUAUGCCGAGUCCUUGUCCAUUUUAACCAUAGCGAAGAAGAAGAAGCUGCAAUGCUGCAAAAACAUAUAUGUUGUUAAAAUGUAGCUUGUGUUUUGUAAAUGCACUAUAAUAUGAAGCUGCCUGAUAUUUUUUUUUGAUUUGGUGGUGUGGGUACUUCUUGUCCUGGAUUUUUGUUUACUUAUUUAGUUACAAGUAAUUUCCUGCUUCCCUGUGUAAUAUCGGAAGUUAACUUGACUGUUUGUGUUGCGUUUUUUGUUUUCUUUCUUUUCUUUUUGUAUGUAACCUCCAUCCAAAAAACUACAUAUGGAUGAACAUGGAGGUUUGCUAGUUCACAUAGAAUGCUGUGAUUAAAGAUGCCUUAAGUAUUUAACAAUCAUUAUUUAUUACUAACUGUAGCUAGCUAGCUAUUUUGGUGGAAUAUUUAAUGUCUCUAUCUCAUAACUUUGCAAUUUAAUCAAUAUAUUUAUUUAAAAUAACACAAAACAUUAAAAAAAAAUUACCUCAUUAUGCAUUGAUCGGUGGGGAUGCUUUUGCAUGCCGUCUGUGUUUUCUUUUUCAAAGGAGAAAAAUAGAAACUUGUUGGGAAUAAGUGGCUAGGGUGUUUCCCGGCACAUUUUCUAGCCAGCAUGGUGCUGUUGAUCUAGAACACAUUCCAUUCAUUUCAUCUCUGUUUUCAUUUUGAAAUGCUUUAUUUCUUAAAUAUCACACCUGCUUUCACCUGAAGCAGAAUUGUCUUAGCUUGCUUUUCUCGUACGGUGUUGCUUUGGUCCUUAUAUCCAUUCAUAUUUGACUUCAUUUAUCACCUUUGUUUUGUUUAAUUGUGAGCAUUUCCAAAACAUCCAUCAUAUCAGAUCUCACGUUAGUGCUUAUUAUUUUAGGACCCACAUAAACAAGCUGUAUUACUCGUUCUUACAUAUUGCUGGCAGUUGCUUUGUGUGGGAUUUCGAGAUGUUUCUAACAUGCUAACUUGAGCCAUUGAUCUUUUGAGCAAACUUCUGGUGUACUGUGGAUUCACAAUUUAGAUGUUUCACACCUGGGUAUGAUAAGCUAACAAUGUUUUUGGUGUGCAUUUCUUAUUAAUACUCUAAUAAUCCCGCAAAUUAUUCUAACAUGUAUUGAAUUAGAACGAAGCUGACUGGUCUUACUAUAACUAUUUCAUUUUGUGCUCUCACUGGCCUUACCCCAUGCCCUCCACAGUGUACCCCGUAACUCCAGAGUGAACUGGACAGUAGCCAUAGCAUUAACUCAAGCUGAUGAACCGGAAUGAACAGUAGAACUUAAAGCACAAGCUUUUUAAUGCAUGUCCUUCUCAGGUUUUCCUAUGUGUAUGUGGGAGUAGCUCUGUAGAUGUGUUUAAUAUGAUGCUGUACCUUCUUGAAUAUUUCAGAUGUUUCUUUGCUGCUGAAAAAAAAAAACAAACAGACAAAAAAAAAAAAAACCGUUGAUUAUUAACCUGCCAGUGAAAAAGGGAAGUGGCCAUCUUUGUACAACACACUGCUGUUUUGCUGUUACCGCGCAAUGUUUUAUGAUCUUGAGUAUUUUAUAGAAAAGUAGAAGUAUGUAUCAAUAAUAUGAAAGCAAUAGCUAAAUCAUAAUGAAGAAUAACAUGAUCAGUGAAUAUUGUGGAAAAUCUUUAGAUUCACUCUGGGUGGAUUUUGUACUGUAUUUAUUACUAAUGAUGAUGCAAAAAGUUGCAUAGCUUAACCCAAACUGUUCUGUCUCUUUUUUUUUUUUAUUUAUUGUCUUGUAUAUGAUCUUUUCUAUGUGUUUUUCAAAUAAACUGCCUAAAAUGCUGAUAACUAAUUUAGAUUGUGGUGUUAUUUAUUAGUCUCCU